AUGUUAACUGGAUCAAACUUCAAGAGAUGGAAACAAGAUAUAGCGUUUGCUCUAGAUAGUGUGGAUAUGGACUUGGCUCUAUGUGAGGAUGAACCUCCCAAGCCCCAUAAUCAAAGUACUACAGAUCAAAAGGCCCAUUAUGCUGGAUGGGAAAAUCUUAACCGACUAAACCCCAUUGAUAUGAAAAGGUCCAUUGCUGAACAUCUCAUUAGUGGUUUGCCGGAAGAUACGAAUGUGAGACAACUCCUUGAAGCAGUGGGAGAAAGAUAUAAAGUCUCAGAUAAUGCUGAAGUUAAGAACUUGCUGAGUGAGUUAAUGAACAUGAGGUAUGAUGCCGUUAUGGAUAUUAGAGAAUUUAUACUGAAAAUGGUUCACAUUCAGUCCAAACUUAAGGCCCAUGAAAUUGUUCUUUCUGAAAAUUAUAUUAUGCAUCACGCCUUAAAUGUUCUGCCAACUGAAUUUAGCCAAAUUAAGACUACUUAUAGCACUCAGAAUGAGACAUGGAGUGUCAAUGCCUUGAUUACUAAAUGUGCGACUGAGUAA